CCUGUCUCACUGAUCCAGGGGCAGAUUGGGGCGACCCGGCCAUGCAGCCCACCGCGCUGCUCAGCCUCCUGGGAGCCGCGCUCCUGGCCGCUGUGAACUCGGUGCCAGUGGAUAACCGGAGCCACAAUGAAGAAAUGGUCACUCGCUGUAUCAUUGAGGUCCUCUCAAAUGCCCUCUCCAAGUCCAACAUCCCAUCUAUCACCCCUGAAUGCCGGCAAGUCCUGAAGAACAGUGGGAAAGAAGUCAAAGAGGAAGAGAACAAUGAAAAUGAAAACACCAAGUUUGAAGUAAGAUUGUUAAGAGACCCAGCUGCCACCUCGGAAGCCCAUGGGCCACCCAGUAGAGAGGAAGCAGGAGCCCCAGGGCAGGAUACUCAAGGCCAGACAAAAGCAGACACGGGGAAGUGGGCAGAGGGUGGUGGACACAGCCAAGAGGUCAUAGAUGAGCCCCACGGGAGUCCCUAUCCCACUGCUAGACAGGUUUCAAAAGAAGCAAAUACUCGCCGUGCUGAGAAGAGUGAGGGACAGGAUAAGAAGGAAGAAGAGGAAGGAGACUACCAGAAAGGGUUAUUCCAUGAUGACGUCAGUAAAGGGAAACAGCUUGAAGAACCAGGAGAGGCACAGAAAACCUUUCUCAAUAGAAAAAACCAGGCUACAGCUAAGGAAAAAGAGGGGACCAGAUCAGAUCCAUAUGCUGAGAAGACACACAGCAGGGAGGAGAGCAGCCAGGAGAGUGGAGAAGUGACGAGCGAAGAGAAACACUCUCAAGAGUCUAACAGCCGACACCAGAGUGAGGAGGAAUCUGAGGAAAGCUCCCAAGACUCUACCUCUCAGGUGACCAAGCGACGCACAAGGCCUAGACACCACCAUGGGAGGACCAGGCCAGACAGGUCCUCUCAAGAAGGACAUCCUCCCUCUGAGGAAGGCAGACAUGCCCUCGAGGAAUCUGAGGAGGCCAAUGUGGGCACAGCCAAUUUAGAGGCAAAGAGGGAGCACCAUUCAACCCAUUACAGGGCUUCAGAGGAGGAACCCAGCUAUGAGGACCUGGAGAGGGGACACUAUGGAGGCCAAGGAAGUGAGGAGUACAGGGCCCUGAGGCCUCCCAGUGAGGAGAGCCAAGAGGAGGAGGACAAGAGAAAUCACCCCGGUUCACAACGUGAAAACAUGGCAUAUGCAUAUGGUAAAGAAAGUGAGGAAGAGAAGGGAUCUGAGGGGACAAAGGGACACUACCACAGAGGCAGGGGAGGGGAGCCGGGUGCCUAUUCCACUCCUCACACCAGAGAAGAUAAAAGGUUCUUAGGUGAAGGACGCCACCAUGUUCAAGAAAGCCAGAUGGACAAGGCAAGAAGAUAUCCCCAAAACGAAUGGCAAGAGCAAGGAAUUGAUUAUCUCAACUAUGGUGAAGAAGGAGCCCCAGGGAAGUGGGAACCACAGGAGGAACUGCUGGACCAGAAAGGAAACAGGGAGGAAGCCAGGCUUCAAGACAAACGCUAUGGCUCCCAACGCACCACUACAAAGAAGAAGAGAUUAGGGGUCCUCUUCAACCCAUACUUUGACCCUGCCCAGUGGAAGAGCAGCCGUUUUGAGAAAAAAGACAACAUGGAUGACAAUUUCUUUGUGGGUGAGGAAGACAGUGCACUGCCCUUGAAUGAGAGGAAUUUCUUCCCAGAAUACAGCUAUGACUGGUGGGAGAAAAAGCCUUUCUCAGAGGAUGUGAACUGGGGAUACGAGAAGAGAAGCUUUCCUCUGGCUUCCAAACAGGACCUGAAAAGGCAGUAUGACCGAGUGGCUGAGCUGGACCAGCUCCUGCACUACCGGAAGAAGUCAGAUGAAUUUCCCGACUUCUAUGAUGCUGAGGAACAGAUGGGAACACUCCAGGAAGCAGAAAAUGAAAAGGACAGGGCCGACCACAGAGUUCUGACAGAGGAGGAGGAGAAAGAGCUUGAAAACCUGGCUGCAAUGGACUUGGAACUGCAGAAAAUAGCCAACAAGUUCAGCCAACGGGGCUGAGGCUUAUCAGAGCAAUGGGGCAGUUUUUAAAAAGUAGCUCUCACUUUAUUUUCCACUACUCAAAUGAAUGACACCAUUUAGCCAAAGGCAGGAAGUAGAAUUUACUAUUCUUUAAAUGUUUGACACCAUUGGAAAUGUUUUGUUGUUUUUUUUUGCCAGAAUGCUAUUGGAAAUAUGAAUAGCAUGACUUGUAGCAUAUUUUCUUGCAGAAUAAACAUUAAUAUGCUUGUGACAA